CUUUUUUUUUGUUCACAGCGACGGUGCUGGGAGCAGAAUGAAGUACAUUUUAAGGAGAUGGUGAAGGAGAUCACGGCAGGAAACUUUUUAAACCUCUCUGUGAAUAUCCCGAACACUGUUUAUGGGCACCAGCAGGAUGCCACUGGUAGGACUCUACUCCACUGGGCAGCGGCGCUGGGCAUGACAAAGGCGGUAAAGGCUCUCCUGGAGGAGUGCAGGGUAUACGCUCACGUCAUGACCUGGGCUGGCGAGACUCCUUGUGACCUGGCACUACAGGCAGGUCACCACCAGCUGGUCAUAUGGUCCGGUCUCCACCAGCUGUCAUUACGGGUUGUAGAGCAGCAGUUGGUACAACGGACACAGAUAAUGCAAGGAGCUCUACAUGCAGAGUACCAGCAGUUUAUGUUCCUGGCGGGUCAAUACCAGCUGAACAAGGAUGUGCAGCUGGUAAAUGUCAAAAACUCAUUCUCAGAUGUUGAUUCACAAGAACAGCAGUACUAUAUCCUGUUGUUUGUCAUCAGUCAGUGCGAUGACGUCAGGUGGGCAGUGGACCUGCUAGAGAAAGGAUCGCCGCUGGAACCAGUGGGAGGCUUGGCUAUAUCCGCCCUUUGCUCCGCCGUCACCAGUAACCGGCCCAGGAUUGUGAGCCUCCUGGUGGCAGCAGGAGCACCGCUCAGCACCACCUCCCACGGCCUCAACCUGCUGACGUUGGCUUGGUGCUCCCCUGACGUCACUCCUCGGUUGCAAGCUAUUAUCACCAGUGUGUUCCUGAAUGUAUUACAACAUGAACAUGAAACAAUCAAAGAUCUGCCAGACCUUGACAGAGGUGUUCACCACCUCAUAUCCACCAUAAAAGGUGAGAAGCCUUGGCUAGCACGCUGGCCUAGAAACGAGUCAGUGAUGAGUCUGACAAAGCUCAUGGUCCAAGCUGCUCGUGCCAAUUGUACAUUGACAUGCAGCUUCCUCUACCUGGCUGGUGCUCAGGCUUCUUUGUGUUCCAAGACCAGUGUGAGUCCUCUUCACGCUGCACUGGAGACUAAGCACUGGAAGUUGGCUGGACAGAUGGUGAAGACCAUGAGAGGCUGUCUGUAUGUCGCUGAUUCCACAGGUCGACUGCCCACAACCCUCCUGCCUUCAGACAACCGCCAGUCCCUUGAAAUGAGUAUUUACAGGAAAGAACGACACCAGCUGCAGGAACUGCAAGAGAAGACGAAGAACGAAACUGUUAAGGCACAGGUGGAGGAGAUCCUGAAAGUUCAGGAAGUCCUCUUCUCUAGUUACUGGAGUGACACAACUGGUAAAAAGAAUACAAUGACCGCAAAAUCCCAAGAAAUGUCAAGUGGAUCCCAAGCUCUUCUGUUGGCCUCAAGAAGUGGAUUUGUACAGCUGAUAUACCUCCUGGUGAAGGUGGGUGGCCUGGCUGUAGACAAACCAGUAGAUCCUACCAAUGACACCACUGCCCUCCACCAGGCAGCUUCUUGUGGUAAGUCCUGCGUCAUUAUCCUCCUCCUGAACCUUGGUGCACAACCGCUUCUCCCUGACAGAUACGGGCAAACGCCUCCCCACUUGGCUGCAAUGUUCGGCCAUGAGCAUGCUUUUCAACUUUUUGCUGAAUUUCACCGGGAAAAUAUACCAUAUUGCAAGGCAGGGACUAGCCCUCAAGAAGUUCGUAGGCAUUAUACGAAACGUUUACAAAUAUAUAAUGGAUGCAAAUUUGCAUCUGAACUUAAUGUUCGUGAAAUAAAUAACGACCAAAGAGAAGCAACUGAAAACCUUCUUCGACAUAUUAACUUCGAAAAUUUGGUGGAAUACACUCAGGAGGCAACGGUUGAUUACAAAGAUGGUGAAUCAAAAGAUGUCAAGGACGCUGUAGUAAAAGAAAUUCAGCAAAUUAUAUCCAAGAUUGAAACAGAUAUUUACAAAGGAAACAUUAAACUAGUAGGAAGCGCUGCAGAUGGCACACGACUCUAUUAUCCAGAUGAGUUUGAUUUUAAUUUUAUUCUAGAGGAAAUUCCCGGAAUCAAAGCUAAUAUCAAGCAGCAAACAAAGGAGGAGGUCAUAGUCAGUGGUCACAAAUUAAAGGUGGAGCUUCAGACAGAAAAUACAAGUCUCCAUGGUAAUAACCUAAUAUCAAACUUUUUUGAGAGAGUUCGGGACUGCCUCAAAAGCUAUACUUUUGUUAACAAACAAUUAAGUCUAGUGCCACCUGGCCUGACAAGGACGCAAGUGGGCGUGGCACUGACGCUGGCUUGGCAGGGUAGUGAGUAUCCCCUGUUGAUAAUCGGUGUUGACUUAGUGCCAGUGAUCUCUGUGCCUUGGCCUGAGGAGAUACACAGACCUUCCCUUACUCCCAGUGGCCUAGACACGGUCCACCUCAGCAACACAGAAGACAGAGGUGGAUCCUAUAUAUGCAGCUUUGCUGCAACAGAGGUUGAAGUGCUUGCAAAUCUGGAUCCCCAAGAACGUCAGGUGUAUCUCACCUGCAAGACUCUUCUCUCGCGCAUGAAGGCUGAACCUUGGAUGCCCAAAGACAUGAGGAAUCUGUUUUGCUGGUGGGAUUCCCGCUUUUGGAAAAUCCCGACUCCUGAAGGAUUCUGCCUAAAAAAUUCCUUUUUGAAGCAGGUUGAGAAAAAGCGACGGGAGGGAAUAAAGUGGCAAGAAGAUAUAAUAUCCCUAGUGAUGUCUGUAUUCAAGGAAAUGUGCCUUGAGAUUGUUGAUGAAGAAUCUGGCAGUUCGAGUUUCGUGCCAAACAAAGUUAAUGCUUACUUUGGUGGAGACUGCGCUAGGCCAAAAGUGGGAGAAGGAGCUCCAGAAAUUGUUAAUUUUCUCAAGAAAAUCUCAUUAACCUGAAGAUGUUUACUUGGGAUCCUUCAGAGAGACGAUAAAGGAAGAAAAACACAACACAAGAAAUAGACAGUGAAUGAAAAGAAGAUGGAAACAACAGCCCUUAACAACUUACGGUGGAUUUCAAAGAAUUAUACAAAAUUACAGACUCGGAGUUAAGGAGACGUGCUUCUCUAAACUAUAUUUAAAUACUUUUAUGGUAUCACACUGUACUAUAUCUCCAGGUAGGGUGCUCCUUACGUUUUUGUUCGUGUCAAGAACAAGUAUUUAGUAUGAUUUGAGUAAUAUUUUUUCUAGUAAUUUUAAAACAAAUACUAUACAUUAAGUUUAUACAUACUUAAAAAAAUUCAGAGUUAACAAUGUGAUAACAAUGUAAACACAUAUAUCAAAUAACCUCAGUUUCUUCUUCUUUUGAGAUUAAAUAAAUUAAUGUAUUUUAUAGGCUUUUUGGAUGAUUUAUUUGUGGUUUGUAAUAUCGUUGUCUGGCGCUGAACAAGUUCCAGUUUGUCAAUAUAAUUUCUCAAUUAUGGAGACAAAAAUUAUAUGUAAUAUUCAUGAAUAAGAUUAACCAGUGAACUCCAGAGCAGAACUCCGAUCGAAAUUAGAAAGAGCUGCCAAAAUAACCCAAAAUUUUAUUUUAUUUCCUAGCAGUUUUACAUUGCUUGUUUGAUUGAAUGUUAUUAGCCAGUUUCCUCUUUAAUUUAUAUUUCCAAGUUGCAGCAUUUUGCAUAUUUCAGCAUUAAAUAUCUGACAUUUUUCUGACCAAUUUACAAGGUUGAACAAUUCAUAUAUUUGUCUCUCAAAGAAUAUUGAAGCUUUGCUGCCUUGUUUAGCAUAAUUAACAAAUUUUGAUAUUGUAUUGCUAAGCCAUUAUCAAUGGCUUAAAAACAUUUUUAUUCAACAGUUGGCUUAGCAACUUUUUUUUAGCAUUAUCGAUAUCCUCCCUAUUUAUAUCCACGUAAACCCAUUAUUAUAUAUGUCUAACUUACGCUUGAAACAAUCAAUGGAUCCUACGUCUAUUAUGUUACUUGGUAAAUGGUUCCACAUAUCAACAACUUAACCAAUAUUUUCCCAAGUCUUUGCUGUAUCUAAACUUAUCCAAAUUAUACCCAUUGUUUCGUGUUCAAUUUUGUGUUGAUACUUUUAUAUAUUAUUUUUUAUAUAUUGUUGAUAAGGCUCCGUGACACCAGUUGCAAUGUGCUCCUGGAAGUCCGGGUUCGAGUCACUUUUGGGGUCUUUUGGGGUGUGGAGUUUUCAUUUGCAUAUAUUCUUGAAGACCAUUGAAGAUUGUUCGCAUUUCUGUUGCUCACGUGGCCGCACUAAAAUGAAGUGAUUUGAUGAAAUAGCUAUGCCCAAGAUUACCAUCAAAGUGCCGCGAGGGGGGUGGCCAUAUAGCUUCGGCUAUCACCUCCUUAUGUGUGGUCACUGAUGGUUGAGUGGAUUAAGGCACCGUGAUAUCAGUUGCAAUGUGCUCCUGGAGGUCCGGGUUCGAGUCACUUUUGGGGUGUGGAGUUUUCAUUUGCAUAUAUACUUAGGGACCAUUCAAG